CUAAACCCUCUUUCAAGAAAAGUACAAGAAUCAGUUUAGUCACAUAAAAAGCAGCAGCAGCAGCAGCACCAGCCCACGCCUUUCAGCUCACCAAAUCAUACCAAUUGGGACAAAAACUGCACGCCAAGAAAAUUACUAACUCGCUUAUAACACAUGAUCACCGCUACUGCAUGCAUUAUACUCACUUUUCCUAUCAUCCCAACACUAUGAUCAAUCCUAGCAGCAACCUUACCUCCUCCGAUUAUGAUGAGCUCGCCGGAAACUUUGUUUCUUGGCGAUUCUUUUUAUUUUUCUUGAGAAAUGCUCAAGUUUUAGAACUUGUCGUUGCUCUUUUCGUCUUCGUUGCCAUUCAUUCUCUAAGGCAGAAGAAACGUCAGGGGCUACCAAUCUGGCCGGUGCUAGGCAUGCUACCCUCCUUGGUUUUGGGCCUUCGAGGCAACAUGUACGAGUGGAUUUCCCACGUACUUUGCCAACAAAACGGGACGUUUAGAUUCAAAGGGCCAUGGUUUAGCAGUCUUAAUUGUGUAGUUACUGCGGAUCCAAGAAACCUGGAACAUCUUCUCAAGACAAAGUUCCCUAACUUCCCUAAAGGGCACUAUUUCCGUGAGACAGUUCGUGAUCUCCUUGGGGACGGGAUAUUCAACGCCGACGAUGAGACUUGGCAAAGGCAACGGAAGACGGCAAGCAUUGAGUUCCAUUCAAGUAAGUUCAGGCUACUAACUACGGAGUCAUUGCUUCAACUUGUCCAUUAUAGGCUCUUGCCGGUCCUGGAAAACGUGGUGAACAACUCAAUAUCGAUUGAUCUACAAGAUAUUCUAUUAAGGCUCACUUUUGACAACGUAUGCAUGAUAGCUUUUGGGGUUGAUCCAGGAUGUUUGAGUUUGGGUUUGCCUCAAAUACCAUUCGCUAGAGCCUUCGAGGAUGCGACCGAGGCCACAGUUAUGCGUUUUGUUACACCAACAUGUAUAUGGAAAGCCAUGAGAUAUCUUGAUUUGGGAGCUGAAAAGAAGCUAAAAAGAUCGAUAAAAGGAGUUGAUGAGUUCGCAGAAAAAGUGAUAAGAACAAGGAAGAAAGAACUAUCUGAGCAGAUCAGUAAUGAUAAGAAGCAAAGAUCAGAUCUCUUGACGGUGUUUAUGGGAUUGAAAGAUGAGAAUGGACAGCCAUUUUCAGACAAGUUCUUGAGAGAUAUAUGCGUAAACUUCAUAUUAGCUGGUAGGGAUACUUCUUCAGUGGCAUUGAGUUGGUUUUUCUGGCUUCUUGAUCAACAUUCUCUAGUAGAGGACAAAAUUCUCGCUGAAAUAUGCAAGAUAGUAAAGGAGAGGCAAGAAUUUGACCCUAAAAGUCCAUUGGUGUUUAGACCAGAAGAGAUAAAGAAGAUGGAUUAUUUGCAAGCUGCAUUGUCUGAAGCCUUGAGGUUGUAUCCUUCAGUGCCUGUGGAUCACAAGGAGGUAGUUGAGGAUGACAUAUUCCCAGAUGGGACUGUAUUGAAGAAAGGAACAAAAGUGAUAUAUGCAAUAUACACAAUGGGAAGAAUGGAGGCAAUAUGGGGAAAGGACUGCAGGGAGUUCAGGCCAGAGAGGUGGCUAAAAGAUGGUCGGUUCAUGAGUGAAUCUGCAUACAAAUUCACCUCCUUCAACGGCGGCCCUCGGCUGUGCUUAGGGAAAGAUUUUGCCUACUAUCAAAUGAAAUUUGCUGCUGCCUCUAUCAUAUAUCGCUACCAUGUAAAGGUAGUGCAAGAUCAUCAUGUGGUGCCAAAGCUUGCUCUAACCAUGUACAUGAAACAUGGUUUGAAGGUGAAUCUACUAAGGCGUGAUCGAUCUCCGCUUCACACAUGAGACCAUCAAGAUUACAUUUUUAUAUGUUAAUUGAGAACACUAUAUGUCAAUAAUUUUAAAUUUUUUUUCUUUAAUCAAUGUUAUCAUUAAUAUUAUACGUGAUUAUUAUUGAGAAUGUGUAGAGGGGAAGAAAAUAGUUACAAUUACAUUAGGAUGCUACACUUGAAUAAUGGAUUUGAUAUCGAUUGAUUUGUUCAUGAUGUUUACUGCUCCUCUGUAGAAUUAUUCUGUGUUCAUGUUCUUGAUGAUUCAUAUGAAUAAAUAAAUUUCAAGUGUAUUUGUUAUUUGUUUUUUAA